AUGGACGCCAAUCCGUCCAAGCCGGCGCAACUUGCCCCAGACCACAUCCCUCAGCCGAGUCGCUCCUCCCACACUCGUCCCAAAUCAAGGAACAAGCCUGCCGUCACCGCGUCUCGCCCCGACCCCGCCUUGCACUCUGAAGCCUCCACCCCCGUCUCCGACGUCCGAGACCACCCUCACCCGCCACCACCACCACCAGCACCCCCGCCCUCUUCGUCCUACAACCGCUUCACUGCGCACCUCCAGCCCUACCCGGGGCCCGCAGGUCCAUACCUCAUGAAUCCGCCCUACUCGAUGAACGGAAACCCGUACCCCUCCUCUCCGUCCCCCUUCCACCAGCCACAGCCCCCCGCGUCCCCUGCGAACGGUCAGAACCCCCACAUUGGCCCUGGCAUCCCUGGGCACUACUCUUACCCCGUUCACCAUCCUCCAUAUCCCCACCCCUACCCCUCCUACCCCCACUACCCGCCCUCGAAUGUCAUCAUGUACAGCCCGUCCCCUGCCGCUCACCCCGACCCCGCACGCAGCGUCGCCCCCGCGUCUCCGGCACCCGCCUCCAGCUCAGGUAAACGUAAAAGGAAGUCUGCCGUUGAUGACGAGCGUAGCAGGGCAUCUAAUGAGGACGGUCCAGAUUCCUCCGCCGACCUCGCCCGCGCCGCCGCUCAGAACGCGACCGUGGGCAUAGCCGUCGACUCGAAGAAGCGCACCAAGACCCAGCGCGCGUGUGACAGCUGCCGGAGUCGGAAGAUCAGAUGCGACGUGCUCACCGAAGCCGAGCCGCCCGUGUGCCAGCACUGCAAGCAGUACGGCUUCGAAUGCACCUUCUUCCUUCCCAUUACAGAAACGCGGUUUAAGAAAAAGAAAAUGGAGGAGGAAGCGGCGUUAAGGGCUUCCGCGGAGAAGGAAAAGGAGGCGGAACAGAGCACAUCUUCGCCCCAGACCGACCCCAAAGGCGGCGAGGUCAAAAUAUACGGGCCAACAUCUGCGGCGCAUAUGCUGCACUCGCAAGCGACGAUCUCCUCGCGAGCGUACGAGUCCUACGACAUGCGGUAUCACCACUCGUGGGACCUUAGCACGGGCGGGGACGGCCUCAUCCGCGUGCACGAGCCGCAGCAGGGCGAACUGCAACUCGCGCUCCCGAAGCCGAUCGACAUGCACAUAGAGCGCGACGUCGUCGAGAAGCUCGUCAACGCGUAUUUUACUGAAAUCGCGCCGAUGCUCCCCGUCGUUACGCGCGAGGAGUUUGUCGCGAGCAGCCCGCCCCCGCCCGUGCUCCUGUACGCGAUCUGCCUGGUUGCCGCGGCGCGCCGCGAGGUGCCCCAGACCGUGUUCGACUCGAUCCGCUAUGCGGUGAAUAGCCUGAUAAAGAUGGAGGACGUGUUGUCGACCGCGUCCAUCGUUAAUAUGCAGUCAUUGUUGAUAUUGACUAUGGUGGGGGACUGCCACUCACAAUUUGUGCCGAACGCGCUGUCGGCGCUCUGGAUCCGCCUCGGUAGUGCGAUUCGUAUGGCACAGGAUCUUGGUUUACACCGUGCCGAGUCCGUCAAGCAAGACAUCGAGUUGCGCCGACGAUUGUGGGGCAUUUGCGUCAUUAGUGACCGAUGGAUCAGCCUCACCUAUGGCCAUCCGUAUAUGAUUGAUGUUCAAGACUGUGAUGCGCGACUACCAUCGUCUGGGGACCCUAAUGAUCUCUACAUGGACGAGCUCGUGAGGCUGAGUGUGCUUUUAGGUCGUGUGCAGAAGGCUAUUUAUACUCCUGCCGGCUUGACGGUCACAACCGACGAUGCCCUGCAUUCGCUGCUUUCCGAUCUCGAAACGUGGCGGAACAACCUGCCAGAAGAGCUGCAGUUUCGCGGUCCCGAAACACCUAUGGCUGCCGGCUUACUGUUCUUGUUCUACGCGUGCGUGAACAUGAUUUUCUGGCGCGUGUUCAUGCGCAUAUCCUACACUUGCCCGUCGCACCUCAAGUUUGCGCUGACCGUCGAGAAGUGGUCUGCGCUCGUCUCGCUCACGGGCCAGGCUAUCGAUUGGCUCGAUGCCAAUGACCGUAUGUACGACGUCUGGCUGUUGGUCGCGUACUGCGCCACCUCUUGUGCGCUCGUUCAGUAUCACACUUGGGCACGGCGGCGAGACCCAGAUGCCCAAGGCAAGCUGAAGAAGCUGCGCGACUGCGUGCGGAAGUGGGAAGCGUCCCUCUCGCCUGACCAUAUGUCGGCAAGACGAAAGACUGCGGAGAUCAUCGCGCUCCUCUAUGAGGCGACGCUGGGUCCGCCUCAGCCGCCCGAGGUUCCCGCGCUGAACCCGACGGGUGGCGUGCGUGCGAAGCCGCCAUUGGGCGGGCUCGUCUUCCAGAAGGACCCGUCGCGUCCGGGCGGCGGCGUGUUCGUCGCGCACGGCAAGGACCGGCGGGUGGACAGCGACGUGCCCGAGGGCACGAUCAUCGCCGGAUCCGAGUCGGAAUCUGAAGGUGAGGCCCCUGCGGCCGCGGUGUCUCACGUUGGAACACGCAAUGACCACGCGCUAUCGUCUCUCCCUCCUCCUGGCUCGGGGUCUGCUGCUACUUGGACGCCGUCAUCCGCAUCCGCACCGGCUCCAUGGACUGCCGUGCGUGCAGUUGCGGGCACCGAGCAGCAGCAGCAGUCGCGCCAGCAGCUUCAACACCAGCUACAGCAGCAGCAUGGGGCGGAUCAGGGGCCCUCGUCGAUGGUCAACUUCACACCGCUUGGAGGGAACAUGUCCAACAUGAACCCCGCGCUGAACAAUGCUGCGUUAUUGUACCCCGGGAACGUGCAAGUGAUGAACGUGCUGGACUUCCCGCAGGCGUCCGGCACGCUGGAGCAGCUCGCCAUGGCCGACAACGGUUUGCUGGAGGGCCUCCCGAAAAGCUAUUACGAUUGGGGGCAGUGGGAGUCGUUCUUCUCGCGCAUUGCACCUCAGGCCUCGGGGUUCCAGCAACGACCCGGCGGUACCGCACCUAUGGCGCCCGCCGCUGCCGCUUCCUCACCUCAAGAAGGGCCGUCCAACACGCAGUACUACUCCCCGAGCGGCGGCAUGUAG